CAUAGGCGGAAGGUCAAAGGUUACAAACAAAAUGGCGGAACACAGUGUUGCCGCGGUUAUAAUGCUUUGAACCUCCGGACAGUGAAGAUAUAUCUGGAUGUUUUGGUGCACGACGAGUGGAGGAGUUAUUCGGUGGACCUGUUAUAGUCUUCUACCACUCAUGGCCGACUUAUAUUUAGGAAUACAUCCGCUGGGUUUGCAACGAACACACUCGUACUAGCGGGGAUACCGCAGACAGAGCUAUCAGUUAAACGGCGGGCACUGUGCUGAUUUCUCUGUUCGACUCCAGUCCUAUUUAAACUUUUGGAUACAAAGCUUUCGUGUCGGUGUGAAUUAGAAGGAUCCUUUAUGACAUUCGUAUGAAGUGGUUGACGCUUACGCUAACAAAGCAUCCCAGCACUGUGGUGGAAGAGGAAGCAUAGGAAGCAAGUCAUGGCAUUUUGAAACUUCAGCCCGGACCCAACACAAGCAUCCAGCAUGAACAGGAAGAAGGAUAAAGGAUUUGAGAGCCCGCGUCCAUUUAAAUUGACCCACCAGGUGGUGUGCAUCAACAACAUCAACUUCCAGAGGAAAUCUGUCAUUGGCUUCGUCGAGCUCACCAUUUUUCCCACAGUGGUCAACCUGAACAGGAUCAAGCUCAACAGUAAACAGUGCCGCAUCUACAGGGUCCGAGUUAAUGAACUUGAAGCCCCGUUCAUUUACAAUGAUCCCACUCUGGAGGUGUGCCACCAUGAGUCCAAGCAGAGGAACCUCAACUAUUUCUCAAGUGCCUACACAGCAGCCGUGAGCGCUGUGGACCCCGACGCAGGACAUGGGGAGCUGGUCAUCAAAGUUCCCUCUGAACUCUGGAAACAAGGAGAUGAUUUGAAGGUGCUCAAGGUGUACAUAGAGUUUUCUCUGGACCAGCCUAAAGGGGGCCUCCACUUUGUUGUUCCCGAUGUGGAAGGCAGCAUGGCGGAGAGAGGAGCCCACGUCUUCUCCUUUGGAUACCAGAACUCCACAAGGUUCUGGUUCCCCUGUGUGGACUCCUACUCAGAGCUGUGCACGUGGAAGCUGGAGUUCACCGUGGAUGCGUCCAUGGUGGCGGUGUCCUGUGGGGAUCUGGUGGAAACCAUCUACACCCACGACAUGAGGAAGAAGACGUUCCACUACAUCCUACCCAUCCCCACCGCGGCCCCCAACAUCUCCCUGGCCGUGGGGCCCUUUGAAAUCCUCGUCGACCCCUACAUGCAUGAGGUGACUCACUUCUGCCUGCCCCAGCUGCUCCCUCUGCUCAAACACUCCAUGUCCUACCUGCAUGAGAUUUUUGAGUUCUACGAGGAGAUCCUGACCUGCCGAUAUCCCUACGCCUGUUUCAAGACCGUCUUUGUGGAUGAGGCCUACGUUCAAGUGUCCUCCUACGCAUCUAUGAGCAUCUUCAGCACCAACCUGCUGCACAGCGCCAUGAUCAUAGACCAGACUCCACACACUCGCCGCUGCCUGGCUCAGGCCUUGGCUCAGCAGUUCUUUGGCUGUUUCAUCUCCAGGAUGUCAUGGGCUGAUGAGUGGGUGUUGAAGGGAAUCUCGGGCUACAUCUACGGCCUCUAUCUGAAGAAGACCUUCGGGGUCAACGAGUACCGGCACUGGAUCAAGGAGGAGCUGGACAAGAUUGUGGAGUACGAACUGAAAAUGGGAGGAGUUCUGUUGCAUCCCACCUUCAGCGGAGGCAAAGAGAAGGACAAUCCCACUCCCCACCUGCACUUCUCCAUCAAACACCCCCACACUCUGUCCUGGGAGUACUACAAGAUGUUCCAGUGUAAGGCCCACCUGGUGAUGAGGCUCAUCGAGAACAGGAUCAGCAUGGAGUUCAUGUUGCAGGUGUUCAACAAACUCCUGAGCUUGGCCAGUACAGCAUCCUCUCAGAAGUACCAGAGUCACAUGUGGAGCCAGAUGCUUUUGUCCACUCACGCCUUCCUCAAAUCCAUCUCCAACGUCUCCGGCAAGGACAUAGGUCCACUCAUCAAACAAUGGGUAGACCAGAGCAGUGUGGUGAAAUUCUUUGGCAGCUUCGCCUUCAACAGGAAGAGAAACGUGUUGGAGCUGGAGAUCCGUCAGGAUUACAUGUCAUCCGGGACUCAGAAAUACGUGGGUCCCAUCAAGGUGACGGUACAAGAGCUGGACGGGUCCUUCAACCACACGCUGCAGAUAGAGGAGAACAGCCUCAAACAUGACAUCCCCUGCCACUCAAAGAGCAGACGAAACAAGAAAAAGAAGAUUCCUCUGAUGAAUGGAGAGGAAGUCGACAUGGAUUUAUCAGCGAUGGAUGCUGACUCUCCGCUCCUCUGGAUUCGAAUCGACCCAGACAUGUCCAUUCUGAGGAAGGUGGAGUUUGAGCAGGCUGACUUCAUGUGGCAGUAUCAGCUGCGUUAUGAGAGGGAUGUAGUUGCACAGGAGGAAGCUAUCUCUGCGCUGGAAAAAUUCCCAACUCCCGCCUCCAGACUGGCUCUCACUGACAUCCUGGAGCAGGAACAGUGUUUCUACAAAGUCCGCAUGCAGGCCUGCUUCUGCUUGUCUAAAAUAGCCAACGCCAUGGUGAGCACGUGGCAGGGUCCGCCGGCCAUGAAGUCCCUGUUCACCAGGAUGUUCUGCUGCAAGAGCUGCCCCAACAUCGUCAAGACCAACAACUUCAUCAACUUCCAGAGCUACUUCCUGCAGAAGACGAUGCCGGUUGCCAUGGCGUUACUCAGAGAUGUGCAGAACCUCUGUCCCAAAGAUGUCCUCAACUUUAUCCUGGACCUCAUCAAGUAUAACGACAACAGGAAAAAUAAAUUUUCAGAUAACUACUACCGAGCAGAACUGAUCGAAGCACUGACCAACUCGCUGACUCCAGCCAUCAGCAUCAACAACGAGGUCAGGACGGUGGACAAUUUAAACUCUGACGUCCGUCUCAUCUUGGAGGAGAUCACGCGAUUCCUCAACAUGGAGAAACUACUACCGAGCUUCAGAAACACCAUCACCGUCAGCUGCCUGAGAGCGAUUCGUCAGCUUCAGAAGAACGGUCAUAUUCCCAGUGACCCGUUGCUCUUUAAGUCUUAUGCCGAGUACGGACACUUCGUGGAUGUUCGCGUCGCUGCGCUGGAGGCUCUGGUGGACUACACUAGAGUCGAAAGGAGUUCAGCCGAGCUGCAGUGGCUCCUCAACAUGGUCCAGAAUGAGCCAGCUCAUUAUGUCAGACACAAGAUCCUGAGUUUACUCUGUAAGAAUCCACCGUUCACUAAGACGACAGACUCGGCUCUGUGUAACGAAGCCCUGGUUGACCAGCUCUGGAAGCUUAUGAACUCAGGUACCUCCCAUGACUGGCGUCUGCGCUGCGACGCUGUGAACCUCUACUACACGCUGUUCGGUCUGACUCGGCCGUCGUGCCUCCCGCUGCCGGAGCUGGGUCUGGUGCUCAACCUGAAGGAGAAGAAGGCCGUCCUCAACCCCACGAUCAAGCCCGACCUGGCUGCAGGCGCCAUCAUGGACACUCCCGCCAGUAUAGGCAUCCAUGGUGUGGGCAUGAGCUACACAGUUGUGGAUGAAGAGCCAGAUCCUAUUUCGCUGGGGGUUUGUGGGGUUGGCCAGCCCCCUCAGGGCCUGAAGAGAAAGGCUGAGACCCCCCUGGGGUCUCCUCCAGAACCAGGACAGGUGCUGCAGCAACCGGAUGACGAUGGAAGAGCAAGCCGCUUCAAAAUCAGGUUCAACACGAUGGAAGAGGAAGAUAUUGAUAUGGAGACUGUCCAUGACAGUCAGGCCUUCAUUCACCAACAUCUGAAUCUGUUAGAAAGACCUUCCACACCAGGUAAAGAACCUCCGUCAGUCGAACAGUCCCUGCUCUCCAUGCCCGCCACGCCCGUGCCGUCCUUCGUCAAGGAGACCACCUCCUCGUCCUCUAAGCACGGGGCCGACCACGGCCACCACCACCACCACCACCACCACGAGCACAAGAAGAAGAAGAAGAAGCACAAGCACAAACACAAGCACAAGCACAAACACGAGAGCAAGGACAAGGACAAGGACAGAGACAGGGACAACUCGCACGCCUACAGCAACAGCCCGGCCAGCGGCAGGUCCCUGCGCUCGCCCUCCCUGUCCGAUUAAACAUGUGAACGGAGGUUUGGUUUCCACCUCCAUUCGUUUCCAUGGUUAGUUGAGCUAAAUAUUCAUUACUUGUUAGUAUUAUCAGAGUGGUUUGGACUAAAUCUUCAACAGAAACGUACGUUGACUUGAAUGGGUUGAACUGAGGCUGCAGUGUCAGUAAGGUAAACCCUCCAGAGACUUCCUUGUGUCCCGACAACACACACACACACACACACACACAACCAGCCUGCAGACGUUUGUGGACUCUCGCCACCUCUCCCAAAUCGUGUGAGGCAUGCAACCACAUGCACUUCUCUCCGCAAACAGUGAAAUGCAGCCGUAGCCAACCUCAUACACUUUUCCCCCUGUGCGGAGCCACCGCUCUGGUGUGCCUCAUCCCCACAGCUCAAUCCCAACAUUCAGAGAGCGGCUUCUCGGGGGGGAACGUGAUGGAUCGCGCCGUGGAUUCUGGUGUGGACCGAGCCCUCGCUUUCUUUCACAUCCUGCAAAUGACAUUUCCAUGUUUGCCCGCAGAUUAAAAUUAAACCCAUGGAAUUUCACUGUACUGUACAAUUGAAACGUAAGUAGUACUAGUGUGCUUUUUGUUCUUUUCUUUUUUUAUAAACCUUUGCUUCCCAAAUGUCAUCGUUGAUUAAAGAUGCUUUUGUAUCCGCAAAUGUUUUAACUAGAUUCAAUCCAGCUCCACAAUGGCCUUUGUGGCUGGAUUUUCUCUGGCACUGUUUCUUGUGUUUGAUGAGGUGGUUUUAAGCAACGAAGAGAACGGGAGGAAUUCAUUAUUCACCAUUCACAUCAAAUCAAAACCAUCAGAGGGUCAGAAACGGUUUUCUCAUGUGUGAUCGACCUUCUGAUUUCAUCUAUUAUCUCCUGAACAGAAACCAUCAAGUCUAGAGGUUACUGACAUUGGUUAAACAGUUUUUUUACUUUUAUUCUGGGAUACAGUUGUCUUCAUGUUGGGAGUUCCUGCUAAUUGAGUGUUACAAUUUGUCGGGAAUGCUAUAUAUAUGAAAUAUUUUCUACAUUUUUGUUGAUUUUUGUUUAACAGUUGUUGAAUCCAUUUGUGUUUUUUUAAAUAAAUACUAGCAUUUUCUAUAAUACAGAUGUAAAAUCUACUUUUCUACCAUCUUUUAAUUAAAAUGGAAGACUAUUUUGAGUCCCUGCGUUUCCAA